UUGUAAAACAUGACCGGCUCGAAUGUUUCGUAUAAAUCUAAGCGAUGUGGCGCCACAUGCUGAAGAAUACAUCUGUAGAGUUCAUCAGUCGGUCUUGGCAAUUUCAUUCCCCCAGUUCUCUUGUCUGUGAAAUUGUGUGGGACGGGCCAUUCAAUAAAAAUGCUGCGCCAAACUACAAGUUUAGUGCCACUGGCUGUUGCACAGCAGCAACAGCAGCGUGGAAUGGCCACCCUUAAAUCAAUUUCCAUCCGAUUGAAGUCUGUGAAAAAUAUUCAAAAAAUCACUCAAUCCAUGAAGAUGGUGUCUGCUGCUAAAUACAACCGUGCUGAACGUGACUUGAAACAGGCCCGUCCCCUUGGUGAGGGUACGAAGAUCUUUUAUGAGAGUGCUGAGAUCGCUCCUCCUGAAGAUGCUCCGAAAAAGCUUGUUAUUGCUGUAACUAGUGACCGUGGUCUUUGCGGAGCAGUUCACACUGGUGUCGCACGUAACAUUCGUGAUGCGUUACUGGCUAACCCAGCAGAUCGUGAGAAUACAAAGAUCAUUUGCAUUGGGGAGAAGUCACGAGCUAUUCUAUCUCGCUUAUUUGCCAACAAUAUUCUGUUUGUGGCAUCUGAGGUUGGACGCAAGCCACCCACCUUCAUUGAUGCAUCCAAGGUAGCUGCUGAAGUUCUGAACAGUGGAUACGAUUUUGGAUCUGGUCGCAUCGUAUACAAUAAGUUCAAGUCGGUAGUGUCUUACAAUGUCGAUAAUCUUCCACUGUAUGAAAAAGGUGCCGUUUCAAAGGCUCCUAAGCUCUCAGUCUACGACUCCUUGGACGAAGAAGUUAUACAAAGUUACUUGGAGUUUUCCCUGACGUCGUUGCUCUUCUACUCGAUGAAAGAAGGAGCAUGCAGUGAACAGUCCAGCAGAAUGACUGCUAUGGACAACGCCAGUAAGAAUGCUGGAGAAAUGAUUGACAAGCUCACUUUGACUUUUAACCGUACUCGCCAGGCCGUCAUCACCAGGGAGCUCAUCGAAAUCAUCUCUGGAGCAGCUGCUCUUGAUUAAAUUGAUUAUUGGUAGCAUCUGAUAGCUUAUGUAUCCUUCGUUAUACAAGAGACGUUCGAAUCAUUAUGGCUUAAUGUGAUCGCAAUGCAUCUGACUUGUUAGGAGGUACAAAGUUAUAUUCAAUUUGUUUAAUUUUAUCAUAGAAAAAACAGUAUCACCAUUAAAAAUCGACUGUAUGAAAGCGAUGCGUUUCCUGGAAACAAUUUUAACUUCCUUUUUUUUUUAGUUAUAUAGUUUGCUCGGGAUAAAAGCGAACAAAUUGAAUAUAAUUUUACGUUAAGUGGUUCGCAAUAAAGUGGAUCGGUAUUGUACUGAA